AUGUACGGCAUAGACAGUCACUGGCUAGAUCGCCCAACCAGGACCAGCCGACAGCAGGCGGUGCGUCGUCAUCAGUGCUGUGCUCAGCGGCAGUUGAGCGGAGCCCUCCACGCGGCAGACUGCGGCGCUCCAGCUCGUGUUCACCGAUACUGUUGCGGUCAUGGACUCGCCGAGGUGCCCAACGGUGAACAAAACAGCACGAAUGAGCAGCACGCCGUGACGACCGGGUCACCUGAGGGCAGUAGGGGUCCGACCCAUUUUAAGACGUCGUCAUCACCGAGCAGCUCAACACCAGACCAACACAUCGGACGGGCCAAGUCAAACGUCAUCCUGUACUGGACCACCAAUUACGGUAGUGCAGACUUUUCCUUUGGCUUUGGCGCGGCGCCGUUUGUUGGGUGCCCCGUGAACAACUGUGUGACGACAAACAACCGGACCAUGCUCGACAGUGCAGCUGCCGUUCUAUUCCACGGCCGCUCGAUGAGCGCGAAGCACCUGCCGAAGCGAAGGCGGGCAGACCAGCGCUUCGUGUUCGUGCUCCGCGAGCCUCCCACGCUGACGUACAUUGGGCUGAGGCCACUGGACUACUUCUUCAAUACGACGAUGACCUACAGUAGGAGCGCAGACAUCUACUUCCCUUACGGGAAAACUGUGCCUGGCGAACAAGAAGGAGAAGUGCCCCUGUUCUCUAACAGGAAGGUGGCCGCCGCCUGGGUGGUUUCCCACUGUCCAUCCCACUCGAAACGGGAGGUGUACGUCAAGAAGCUCGCUCGCUCCCUGCAGGUGGACAUCUACGGCAAAUGUGGGACACUCAGGUGUCCCAGUGACAAAAGAAAGUCCGCCCCGAGGAUCGACUGUUACCGGAGCGUAGCUGCCACGCACUUCUUCUACCUGUCGUUCGAAAACAGUCUGUGCGAGGACUACAUCACGGAGAAGUUCUGGCUGGCUCUGCGUGCGGGCCUGGUGCCGGUGGUGCGCGGCCCGCCACCAGAGGCGUACCAACGCGUCGCGCCGCCCCACUCCUUCAUCCACGUGCAGGAUUUCCAGAGCGUUAGCGGGCUGGCGGCCUACCUCAGCUCACUCAUGCACAACCGCACCGCGUACGAAAGCUACUUCGCGUGGAGGAGCAGCUACCGCGUGCGAUUUGACGAUAAAGUAUGUGAUCUCUGCGCCUACCUCAGCCAAGAGCAGCCGACGAAAGCAGUCAGACUGUCGGAGGUGUGGGGAACAGACCAGCACUGUGUCAGCGGGGAUGCUCUCAAUGCAGGAAGCUGAGUGAUGCCGCUGCUGGGUUGCGCUGCUGCUCGGCUGCGGCCCGAGUGCAUGCCAGGUUAUGCGCUGGCUUUUUUAAAGACGCCCCACGUGUUACGUUUUCGUAAAGGAUGCAAAUUGUUGCGUUUUGUUGCAUGCUAUGCCGCUCUAAAAACGUUGGUCCGUCGGCUUGUGCACUGACGGCACCCCGCGAGAGCGUUACUAAUUGCAGCCAGAUAUGGUCGGCACGUGGCCGGCGACGAAGCUAAGGUUUGUGAUAUGAGCAGCAGAUGGCUCUGCCUACCACGAGUGAAGCAAAUCUGACAGCAACCGGCAACUCGCAAGACUUCCCUUACAAUCAGAGGAGUCACUUCAUAAACUUUCGGGCCCGAGCCCCCUUAAUGCCAACCUGUGAUGUUUUUGACACAUUAACUCCUUCAUAUGUUGCGCCAGCAUGCAAAUGACAAGGCUUUUGAUUGAGAUAAAGAUCGAUUGAUUGCGAUAUGCAGCAGCUGUUGAAAUCAUCCUUCCUCUUAUCCUAUAUCCUACUUCACCUUCCAUCCACGCGCCACCCCGCUUGUGCAGAGCAGGCUGCAUGCGUCAGCCACGAGGGGAAGGGGGACCCGUGGGAAGGGAGACCCCAACCGUGAGCCGGGUGCCCAGAGCGCAUGCGCGGUUUAAAGUUCGGUAGUUGAUCUCCCAAGUAUGCAAGUCAACCUCACCGUUUACCAUUCACCUUCAUCCCAUAGUCCUGAAACGAUCACCUCUGAUUGAAAGGGCUAUAAUUAAAAAAGGCUUUUGAAAUAAUUUGAGCCUCUUCUGCCCCAUCCUGUUUCAUGCCUCAUUCCAGCGACACCUCGCUUGACCGUGGCAGGCUGCAUGUGUCAGCCACGAGUGGGCCGAGAGCCCCGUGGGAAGGGAACCCCAACUCGGUGCCCAGCGCACAUGCGCAGGUAAAAGCCCGGUGGUUGGCCCACAGGCGCAUGCUUCGCCGUUGCCCCACAUGCCUCACCGUUAAUCAUUUCCGUUCGUCCCAUAGCCCUAAAAUGGUCACUUCUGGUCGAAAGGGCUCGAAUCCAAACAUCCAAACAACAACUAAAGCUUUUGAAAGAAGAGGGUGGCCAAAUAAAAGUUAGCGCGUUUUCCCCAAAAGAUGCAAGCGCGAUUGUGGCAUAAUCGUGGCUGCUAUCAGCACCAGCGUUAGUCAUUAGUAAUUCCUCACUAAGAUUUACUACGAUGCUUUUUGUGGAAUUAUGUCUAAACUUGUCGACAAAGGCAGCACUCAUUCAAUUAAAAUGGAAUGUCAUUCCUCUACAGGAAAACAAUUUUGAGUCAAGAAACAUUUUAAAAAUUAGUUUUAACGUCGAAGGCACAAAUUUAAGCGGCUGACAUCCCAGACGAAAUCAAUUUUUGGGGUAAGUAAGAGGGUCAACCAUUCUGAUUCGCUCCCCUGCCCACUGAUUUUAGAAAGUGACACCUCUGCACGCAGUGUCCUUUUCGCGUGAGUUCCAACUUUUAUGUCGGAGGUGUGGAAAAGUUCAAGUGUUUUUGUCACCCCAAAUGUAACGAAAACCAAGUGAAAUGGGCAGGCGACAGGAUUUAAGAAAGGGCUGAGGCACGAUGAAUAUGGUGGCUGGCGAUGGAACCCGUCUAAGGCUUGAGCAAAUUAGGCAAAUGUGAGACAAUGUGCCACCAGAUUUGAGUACAGCUACUUACUCAAAAUAUUGGCCUGUAUGUGGAGGCAAAUAACAAACAGAAAUACUUGGGCCCAUCAAUGCAUGCGAAAUACAAUCGAACGCCCAGUAAUCAAGAACCCAAACGUCUUUAUCGUGUAGGCCAUGCCACAUGGACAAGGGCGGCCCCACAGCCUUUUGAUAGGGGGAGGGUGAUGAGAUCAUAAUCACAACGAAGCUUGAAUAAAAAAUGGUU